AUGGCAGAGUCUAAUAGUGAGGAGGCAUUCGACCUCUUCCAGGAGCCAGAUGACUUCUAUCAAAAGGAAAAGCCGCCUACACAGGUACAGCAUGAGACGCUGAAUGGUGAUACACUCACGUUGCGCUUAGUCGGCCAAAAUCCUCUCUGGGGACAUCUACUAUGGCAAGCAGGCCGCACUAUUGCCAACUACCUGGAAGAGCACAAAUCAGAAGUCGUUCAGAACAAGACUGUGCUUGAGUUGGGAGCUGGCGCUGGUCUCCCCAGCCUUAUAUGUGGUAUCAAUGGCGCCAAGGCAGUGGUCGUGACAGACUAUCCCGAUGCUGAACUCAUUGAGAACCUUCGUCUCAACGUCGAAGGAUGUGCCUCGUUGCCUAAGGCGUCAAAAGUGCGUGCUGCUGGCUAUCUCUGGGGCGCAGACACAGCCGAGCUGCAGAAUCUCGUGCCUGAGAUGGUGCAGGAGGGCGGCUUUGAUCUUCUGAUACUGGCAGAUCUGCUUUUCAACCACUCUGAACACACCAAGCUCUUACAAAGCAUACAGCGGACGCUGAAGAAGGCCCCCGAUGCACUAGCGUUAGUAUUCUUCACGCCAUAUCGGCCUUGGUUGCUGGAGAAAGAUCUGGCAUUCUUCGCACUGGCCAAGGAGGGAGGCUUCGUGGUUGAGAAGAUACUGGAGCAUGUGAUGGACAAAGUCAUGUUCGACGAAGAUCCUGGGGACGAGCUUCUGCGAAGAACCGUUUUCGGAUAUCGUCUGACAUGGGCCUGA